CCCGCCGCCACAGUCUCGCGCCAGCCGUCGACCAGCGCGCACGUCCGCGCGCCCGAGAUCGCACAAUCAGCUGAUCGGCGCGCGCCCCGCGGCGCACAUGCCGUGAGGCCGCGCCCGCCACGAUGACGGGCUACGCCCGCAGCGAGGCCGACUUCGCGGCCGCCGACCGCUUCGCACGGGACGCGCGGCCCGCCUCGCUCGCCCCCAAGGAUUACUCGGUGCCUUUACACGUAGACUGCAGUAUCGAAUACGAGCUUCCCGACUGUGCCAAGCCGCCGCAGGGCGUCAAGAUCGAGCCGCUGCUCAUGAUCCACCCGUCGCACUUCCGCAGGCUCGAGAGCCUGCGCCGCGUGCCCUUCGUCAACAACCUGCCGCGCGGCGACGCGGCGCCCGACGCGCGCGCGCGCGUGCGUGCCGUGCGGCGCUGCUGCCGCGCCGCGCCGCGCGCGCCCGAGCCGCGCCGCUUCCGCUGCGAGCUGGGCGGCCUGGCGCGGCGCCUCAAGCCGCACCCCUACCUGCCGCCCGAGGCGCUGGACUGCGAGCUGGCGCUGCCGCCGCCGUACGAGCGCUUCGACAAGCGCGCGCUGCAGCAGCUGCCCAUCUACAUGUAGCCCGCGGAGUCUGUGAUGUUCCCUUGUAACUAGUAGUGUAAGUGCGCGGCCGGCCGCGGGACCCAUACCAAAUAGUACCUAUGUGCGUCGACAUUGUGUGAACGGAGUGCUCGGUGCGGACGAUGACGCGUCGCCGCGCGACAGUCGCGCCGCCGGCGCACGCCCACCGACGAAGUAUUUAUUCGCAGUCGCAGUAACCGAUGCUUCAUGAUAAGUUAUUGUACCGUCGCUGAUUCGUUGCGUAUUUCUGUAUAAGAUAUCAUAUCGAUAAUAAUUAUAUGUUCAAAAAUUGUAUUAUAAUAAAAUAUGUACCUAUAGAGUAAAAAAUGAAAGUGAGAAAAAUAUUACGAAUAAAACUAGACAUAGUUAUGUUUUCGAAUAGGUGAUGAGCUCUAGAACAGUCCCGAGUGGUAAACAAGAAUCGUAUUCUACUCUCAUUUUGUAAGCAGUUAUGUUUGUUAAAGUUAUAUAUAAAGAGUCCUCUGAUGAAUAGUCUGAUUAACAAAUAUUCGGCAUGUAAAAGUCUUUAUAAAACGCUUACUUAGCAUAUCAUAGUAUUAUAUUGUGUCAUAGUCCAAUGCCAAAAAUAUAACUAUCUUUUUACAAAAAUCCUUAAA